AUGCUGGGUGGUAAAUAUUUAAACUUAAAGCUUUUCAGUGAAAAAAAAAAUGCCUUAACAAGUAUAUCCUCUGAAAAUAAUAUACAAAAAAACAAUAAGACACAUUUUGAGAACAUGGGAACUAAUGAUAAUAUAAAUCAAGAUCAAAGAAAAAUAUACAGUAGAGAUAAAAGAAUUAUACAUGAAGGAUGGCUAAAUAAGUGGACCAAUAUAAUAGGGAAUUAUAGACCUAGAUAUUUUGUUUUAGAAAAUGGAAUUUUAAGAUAUUCAAUCGAUAAAUAUUUACCAACUAAAGAAACUUUUGUUCUAUCUCAUUGCAAAAUAAGGGUAUGCCCUGGUGACCCUUUACAUUUUGAGAUCGAUACAAUUGAACAAGGAAUAUUAUAUUUAAAAGCUAAUUUUCCAGAAGAUAAACAUAAAUGGUAUAUCUCUUUUAAAAGGGCUCAACUUAAUUAUUCACAAGGAAGUUAUGCACACAAUAAAAAACAGAAUUAUACUCAUCUUAAUAAUUUAAAUGCUUCAACAAAUUCUGAAUUUUUAAAAAAUAUAAUUAAAAAUACUAAUGAAUAUAUGAAAAAACAAUCGAUAAGUUAUGUUUUGAAAAAUAAUGAAUAUACGAAUUCCCCCAAUUUAGCAUUACGCAAUGAAAAGGUAAAGAAAACACAGUCUGCUACGGGUAUUUUAGGAACAACUAAUGAGGAAGUUAUCAAUGAUACUAUUAGUGAUAAGAGCAAUAGGAAUGAUGUUAAUUUUUGUGAAGAUAAAAUCGAAACGAAAGGACAAUUAAUUCAAGAACAUGCUUCUGAUAUUUGCAUACCUAACUAUGAAAUACAAGAAAUAAAAAUAGAUAAAGAAAAAGAGAAUAUUGGAGGGAAAAUAAGAAAUAAAAUGAAAAAUAAAAUAAAAAAUAUUGAAGAAUUGUUUAUAAAUUCAACCGAUUUUGAAGAUAAAAAUCCAACACUUUGUCUCAUGGAAAAUAUUGUUACUUUAAGAGAAAUAAUUAGAGAUUUAAUAGAAUAUUCAGAAUAUGAUAAAGCUAAAUUAAUUUUAAAUAAAAUAAAAUCAGAAAAUAAUUUAAAAGUUAAUGAUGAUGACAUAUCUAUUUUAUUAUAUAAACUAUAUUCUUCAAUUGAAUAUAUAGAUAUUGUUGUUGAAAAAUAUAUUAACUGCUCCGAAAUUUUAUUAAAAGAAGAAAAUAUGCAAUCAAAAGUUAUGAACAAGUCAUUAAAAUUACUGGCUAAAGAAAAUUAUUUUCUUGAAAAAUCAAAAGAUAUUCAAAAAAAUAUUAACAAUUCAAAAGAAAAAGAAGAAAAAAAAAAAAUUCAAACAUUAUUUUUUGGAAAUAAUCAAGAAACUGAAGAUGAGAUAGAACAAAGUGAUGAUAAAGAUUUAUUCUUUGACUGCGAUGAUGACGAUUCUUAUAACGGUGAAGAAAAUGGCAUUAUAAACACGUAUAUGCAAACAACUAUUUGUAAACACGAUAAUAAUAAUAAUAAUAGUAAUAGUAGUAGUAAUAAUAGUAAUAAUGAUAGUAAUAAUGAUAAUGGUAAUAGUAAUAAUAAUAGUAAUAAUGAUAAUGAUAUAGCUGAUAGCAGCGUUAAUUUAGAAAACACAAAUAUGGAAAAAAUAGCUAUUGAAGACAACCAAAUUUAUGAAAACAUUAAAAACCACAAAGAAAAUGGGGAUAAUGAAGAAAAAAAAGAAACAAUAUGUUAUGGUAACAGAAAAUCGAUUAACAGGAUAGAAAUCGAAAAAGAAAUACCAAUUCAACACGAUAAUGACAAAAAUAAACAAUUUGAAGCAAAAAAUAAAGAUAAAUUGAUAUCAAAAAUUGAAGAAUGUUAUUCAAUCGAUAAAUGUGAAAAUAACAAAAUGAAAAAUUGUAUGAGUAGUAGUGAUGGUGAAAGUGACGAUACAAAUAUGCUAAUAAAUAUGUGCAAUCGAAAAAAUAAAAAAUCGCUAAAUUUUAGGAAUAUAGACAUAUAUACAGAUAAAAGUAUUAAGAGAAGAAUAAAAUUACCUAGCCCAAGAACAGAUAUAAAAAUAAGUAUGUGGUCUUUAUUAAAAGAUUGUAUUGGAAAAGAUUUAUCACGUAUUGGUAUGCCAAUUUAUUUAAAUGAACCUUCUUCAUUUCUUCAAAGAUUAGCUGAAGAUUUUCAAUAUAUAUAUUUAUUAAAACAUGCAUCUAAUCAAAUAGAAAGUACUAGUAGAUUAGCGUUUGUAGCAGCAUUUACAAUAUCUCCAUAUGCUUCAGUAAUAGGCCGAACAUUUAAACCCUUUAAUCCAUUAUUAGGAGAAACAUAUGAAUUAACACACAGAAAUUUUUAUUUUUUAUCUGAGCAAGUUGUUCAUCACCCUCCUAUUACUGCAUAUCAUUGUCAUAACGAGUAUAUGGAAAAUUUUGCUAGUAUUAUAGUAAAUGUACAGAUAUUGGGAAAAUCUGUUGAAGUGAUUACACCUGGAUAUAGUCAUCUUUUAUUAAGAUUCAAAAAAAACAAUUUGGGUUCAACUUCAGAUGUAGCUACUACUAAAUCUUCUAGUUUAACUGAUAAUAAAAUUAUAGACAAAACUAGUGGAAAAAAAACAAACCAACAUAUUAAUAUUGAUAAAAAAAAUAAUAAUUAUUAUUAUGAAAAUAAACAAAUAGACUCGAAAACAAUUAGGAAAAAGGAAUCGUCAAAUAAUUUAUUUCCUGUAGAUAUCGAAGAAAAUCAAAAUGAAAACACAUUCAAUUUCAACAUUCAUAAUAACAAUAAAGAGGUGGCAAAGGAAAAAAAUGAGAAAAUUGAAAAAUAUGAAACCGAGCAUUACACUUAUCAACGAGCUAAUAUGAUUAUUCAUAAUAUAAUAUUUGGGAAAAUAUGGGUAGAAUUGUAUGGAAAUAUAUUAAUAAGAAAUCAUAACAAUGGUGAUUUUUCUAUUGUUAGUUAUUUAAAAAAAGGAUGGUUUGAUAAUGAAAUACAUAAAAUAAGAGGAAUAGUAUGUGAUCGAUUUAAAAAUGUGAUAUUUUUUAUUUAUGGAAAAUGGUCACAAGAAAUAUAUAUUGCUUAUGUAAAAAAUUUAAAAAAAGAAAAUUAUGAUACAUGUUUUUUUAAUGAAGAUGGAACAGAAAAUUCACAUUAUUUUAAUAGAAAUAAUUUAAAUGAAUUUAUUAACAACUUUGAUUGGAAAUUUUAUGAAGAUAAUAUAAAUAAUUUAAAUGCUAUAUGUGUUUGGAAAGCACAAGAAAAACCAAAAAACAAUGAACUUUAUUAUGGUUUUAAUAAUAUGACUAUGGAAUUAAAUGAAAUUUCACCUGAAUAUGACAGGUCAAAAGGAGCCUCUAUAGCAUGCACUGAUAGCCGAUUUAGACCUGACCAAAGAAAUUAUGAAAAUGGAAAUAUUGAAAUUGCUAUGAAUGAAAAACAUCGAUUGGAAAAUAAACAACGAAUAAAUGCAAAAAAAUUUACAAAAAAUAAUCCAUAUAAACCUAAAUGGUUUACCAAAAAUAAAGAUCCUAUUUAUAAGGACAAGGAAAUAUAUCUAUUUAAUAACACAUAUUGGGAAACUAAGAAAAAUCGAAAAUUUCCCGAUACACCCGAUAUAUUCUAG